AUGGCGCGCGCGACGCGGUCAACGACUGCAGACCUCAAGCGAAAACGCCCCGCAGACUCGACAGACAGCGCGGACACCGCAGAACGCGCACCCACAAAGCUCGCCCGCACCGACGAUGGCAGCGACGACGCCCCAGAGCCUUUGAACGAAACCAGCAUCGACGGACACGGUAUUUUGUCAGUGCUAGAGACGGAAGACAAACAGGGACUCCUCGAGCGCGUCUUUCCUCUCCCAGACUCCGCUUCCCAGGCCUCUCUUCGCUCACUCCUCUCAGCAUCAUCCCCCGUUUCUUUCUUGAAGGCUGCCAUCGACCACCUACGCCCAAUUUCUUCACAUCCUCGCUCAAGACUCUCUGAAACUGCCGCUCAGCAGGUCGCUUUCUGUGAUCUCGCCUCUUUCCUCCUCGACCAGACCGUCCAGGCCACCGAUCAUCUCCAGUCAACCAGCAUACAUGAACCUUCAUCACCGCAGCGCCCGAAACCCAGCUACGCCCUUGUACAACAUCUCCCAUCCGGCGACUGGUGGUCUUCAUUGCUCCCUUCAUCCGCUUCCACCUCCAAUCUUCAAACCGGCAAUGCAGAGCUCGUUGCCAUCUUCCCUACGCCUUCAUCGUCAUCCUCCGACAAACAUCCCUCUACCCUAGGCUCUUAUUGCCCCAAGCAAACCUCCCAGAAAAGACAAGCUCUGCCACAUCGACGAGUACGGACGGGCGCCUUCCUCGACUAUGGCCUUUACUCUAGCUUUGCUCCCUCAUUCGACAUGGAUGGCGAGGACGUAGGGAGACGCGAGCUUGGCGAAGUCAUCUGGUAUAAAGAGGAGAAGAAGCAUUUACGGGAGCUCCAAAGGAGGGAACGCCUCGAAGGCAGAGGCUCGAUCGUCGAUGUUCCCGAAGACGAACCGGAGAUCACCUCACAGGAAGAGCCCAUUCCAGACCUCGAACUCGAAGCCCUACUACCCCCUGAAGACGUGGAAUCUAUCAAAUUGGCGCUCAACAGUCUUGAAUUGGAAAAGUCUGUGCAACAACUUCUUGAAAGAAAUCAGAGGGCCCUACGAAGGCUCGAAGAACUUCAAAAGCAACGACUGACGAAGCAUCCGACGAGUAAUGCAGAGGAGGGGUCCGAGGAAUGGGAAACAGCGCAAGCCAUUCUCGACUCCCUGACUGCUCUCUCCUCCUUACGCCCUCGGUCAUCGACCGAGGAGCGCCCAGGCAUAAUACCGCCCCCGACGGUGCUCCAUAAACUUCACCGCACGCUAGCACUGGAACCAUCACCUGGUUGGUAUGGAACGCUACCUUCUGGUCGAACCACGGCGCUUCGUGACGACUCAACAGUCAAAGUGCGUCCUGGAGCUGUUACGGCGCCCCCUGCUGCGAGCACACCCACACCCACAACGCCUGCACCUGCUCCCACGGCAAAUACGUUUGGCGGUUACGCAUAUGCAUACGCGGCCCAGCAACAGCAGGGAUAUCAUUCACAGACGAGUUCAUACACGCCCUACAAACCUGGUCAGACGACAUCUUCAUUUUACCCGAAUUACACCCUUCCUGCUGGAUCUCAUCAGCAGGGAUACUACACUCAGCAGGCGUAUACGGCAGGGGCUACGAAUCAACAGCCUUAUGGUGCGGCGACUGGACAACAGCCGUAUGGUUAUUCGUGGUACAGUCAGUAUCCUGGUGUGCAGAGCGGUGCAGGGUCUGGCCGUGGCACGCCGCAGCCGAUUGUUCCAGCGCCUGCAACUUCAGCGGUUGCGACGACCUAUGGCAGCUUUUUCGGUGCGACAGCGACAGCAGCAGCGAGUGGGACAACACCAGCCUCUCGGACACCGGCGGUGGCGAACACAGUGGUAGCGACGCCGUCUGCGAGUGGGACGACGUACGGGCAGUCUGUGCCCACGUUACCUGUUCAUUUGAGGACGGCGACGACGAACGGGACGGGAUUCCAGCAGCAGAGUUAUUUGCAGGCUACACGGUAG